UCCACAGAAGCGUGUCCAAGUCGCUUUGCAUCUUCCAAGCAAUCAUCAAAUUUUUUCACAUCCAUAAUUUUCAGUUUCUCUAGAGAGAAAGAGAGAGCUUGAGAGAGGAAACGUUUUUGCUUCUGAGCUUGACGAACUGGCAAAGGUAAAGAUUGGAUUUUUCCCUCAAAGAGAAGAGAGAGAGAAGAGAAACUUGAAACAAGCAGUUUUUCAUGGGUACUCUGAUGCAAUCUGAGGCAGAGAUCGUGAAGAAACCAGUGGGGAUUCGAUUCUUGGAGCGAGCCAAAGGCUCUAAGCUCUCUUACAAUGCAUAUCAAGCAAUAGUCUUGAUCGUGACGUUCCUCGCUUACGCAAGCUACCACGCUGCAAGGAAAACAACAAGCAUUGUGAAAAGCGCGCUUGAUCCUCAAUCACCAGACACAGGGCUUAACUCACUCCUUUUAAGAUUCACUUCGUUUCGAUCCUCCGGACAAGAGUCACAAGAAGAUGGUGGUUGGGCUCCGUUUAACGGACCAAACGGAACGGUUCUGCUCGGAGAGAUCGACGUUGCGUUUCUUGCGGUUUACGCUUUCGGUAUGUACUUCGCGGGACAUUUGGGAGAUAGGAUGAAUCUGAGGAUAUUCUUGACCAUUGGAAUGGUCGGAACAGGACUGUUCACGUCUCUGUUCGGUGUUGGUUACUGGGCAAAUGUUCAUAGCUUUUACUAUUUCUUGAUCAUGCAAAUGCUCGCUGGUCUGUUUCAAUCCUCUGGCUGGCCUUCAGUGGUUGCUGUGGUGGGAAACUGGUUUAACAAGAAGAAGAGAGGAUUGAUCAUGGGGAUUUGGAACGCACACACUUCUGUUGGGAACAUCACUGGCUCGUUGAUCGCUGCUGCGAUGCUUAGAUAUGGUUGGGGAUGGUCUUUUGUGGUUCCUGGUGUGGUUAUCGUGUUGAUAGGGUUUGUGAAUUUCGCUUUCUUGCCUGUGAAUCCAGAGAUUGUUGGAGCAGAGAGAGAUGAGGAUGUUGUUGACUCUAGUGAGAAAAUCGGAGACGGCUCUGUGAAUGUUCCUUUGCUUUUGAGCUCUUCAGAUUCUGAAACUGAUGACAAGAAACGAGCCGUUGGGUUUAUUGAAGCUUGGAGGAUCCCUGGAGUUGCGCCUUUUGCUCUUUGUCUCUUCUUUGCUAAAUUGGUCGCUUACACUUUCCUCUAUUGGCUUCCUUUUUACGUUAGCCACACAGCAAUUGAAGGUGAGUAUUUAUCAGACGAAACAGCGGGAAAUCUUUCGACAAUGUUUGAUGUAGGAGGUGUGGUCGGAGGGAUCAUGGCCGGUUACAUUUCAGACAGAAUCGGAGCAAGAGCCAUAACAGCUGCUAGUUUCAUGUAUUGUUCGAUCCCGGCUUUGUUCUUUUACCGGAGCUACGGACACGUUUCUUUGUUAGCCAACGCGUCUCUCAUGUUUUUGACCGGAAUGUUGGUUAAUGGACCUUACGCUUUGAUCACCACGGCGGUUUCAGCUGAUCUCGGGACGCAUAGCUCGUUGAAAGGAAACUCGAGGGCUCUUGCGACCGUAACGGCUAUCAUCGAUGGAACCGGGUCCGUUGGAGCGGCGGUUGGACCGUUGCUGACCGGUUAUAUAUCGUCGAGGAGUAGCUGGACCGCGGUUUUCACGAUGUUGAUGGGAGCUGCGUUUGUGGCUGGACUUUUGCUUACGAGGCUUGUGAUGGCCGAAGUAGCGGCUAAGAUAGCUGAGUCGAGACCGUUGGAAUCAGAGUGUAGAUCUUCUCCUGUGGACCAUCAGGGUCUUGUGGUAGAAGUGUGACCAACUUUUGAUCGCCAUUUUUUGUUGCAGUUUAAGUUGUGUUUCUUAUAGAGGAAAGAUUCGGACCGGAGUUUUAGGUCAAGAUUUGGUCUGUGGGGAAUUUGUAAAACUUGUAAUUCUGUAUUGUGAAUGUACAUAAAUUAAUAUAAAUAUCGAUCUUGAUUUGAUCAAUUUCUUAAAGAAAGAAACA